UUCCUAAACUAACGGGAUGUAUAUGGAUAUGUUGUGGAUUUUAUAUCUAAAAGGUUUUCGUUUAUUGGUAAUGGUAUUGUAAAUUACAAUUCAUAAUGUAAAUGAAUGAAAGGGUUACCAUUAUAUACAUCUUAAGGGACAUAUAAAGUUAUAUAAUAUCUAUGAUAAUUCUCACUGUAGACGUGAAUUACUGCGCUCCUAAAACUGAGGACAGCGCUCUUCACCCCAUGGAAAACUGCUGCAAUAUUCGAGGCUCGCCGGCCACAACCGGACCAGAGAAAAACGACUUAGAAGAGAUCGGUGAAAAAUGCGACAGUAAUGUGUCGAGCAGCAAAAAGAGACGCCAUCGCACAACAUUCACGAGUGCUCAACUCGAGGAACUAGAGAAAGUCUUUCAGAAAACUCAUUAUCCAGAUGUGUAUGUGAGAGAACAGCUGGCCAUGAGAACUGAACUCACCGAGGCUCGAGUACAGGUGUGGUUUCAGAACAGAAGAGCUAAAUGGAGGAAGAGAGAAAGAUACGGACAGAUUCAGCAGGCCAAAAGUCAUUUCGCAGCGACGUACGACAUUUCAAUGCUUCCCAGGACAGACAGCUACUCACAGAUUCCCAACAACUUGUGGACGGGCCCUGCUCCGGGGAGCUCUGUAGUCUCUUCCUGCAUGAUCCCACGAGGGUCCCCUCCAUGUGUGACGUCCCCCUACCCCCACUCACCCCGAGCCAGUGAACACGGUUACGUGGGAUUCCCCAAUCACCAACAAAAUCAGUUUGGAGUUAAUCAUGUGUCCCUUAACAACUUCUUUGCCGAUUCACUUCUGGCUUCUUCACCAAACAGUCACGCCGCGUUUGAGACCAAACCGGAGUUUGAAAGGCGCUCCUCCAGCAUUGCUGUAUUGCGGAUGAAGGCUAAGGAACACGCAGCCAACAUAUCUUGGGCUAUGUGAACUCUGAAUUUAUUUUUAAAAUGCUGAUCUAAAUGACUUCCCAAAUAAAGACACUAACUUUUUAGCUAAGAGUCAGAGGCUGGCCCGAGGAGAAAAUAAAGCAGUGUGUUAAAUAUUAAUUCUCUUUUUUGUUGUUUUAAAAAAGAUGUCAGCAAUAAUAUACUUGAAACAACAAAGAUGCCAGCAAUUAUCAUAGACUAUGCAUUCAUUCGAAAGUUUGAGCUUUUUGUUUUCAAAAACCCUUAAACUCUUAAUAAUACAGCAAUUUUAAUCAUUUUGUCUUAGGAGCUCUUGUUGUGAAUAUGAGGAGCGCAUAGCUCAACAGUAUUAUGCUCUCACGACUUACAGAGAUAUUGUGACUGACAUACUAAAACUAUGUCUGUGCUUU